AUGGAUGACGAAGAAGGGGUUAUCUGCGAUCGAAAAGUUGACCUCUGUUGUCCUACAACCGCGGUUCUGUCCGUACCAGAACUCAUUCAGACAUGUCCCGAGUGCGGUGACUUUGUGUUAUACUGCUGCGCAUGUAACAGUAGUCGACCCCGCAAGAGCCGGCCCUGCCACCACUAUCGCAUCGUCUUCACCGAUGGUGCGUGCACAAACAACGGGCGGCCAGAAGCGACAGCAGGAGUCGGUGUAGCAUACGGCGAAAACGAUGGCAGCCAAUUAUCCGUGCCUAUAACGGACACGGAGGAUGACUUUCCACUGCGGUCUAACCAGCGAGCGGAGCUCUAUGCGGCAAGGUUAGGUCUGGAGUUCCUCGCUGAGGCCGACAGGAUCAGGAGUACUACCAAGAAGGCAAAGGGCGAACCCAAGGCUUGGAUCAUCGCGACCGAUUCCGAGUAUGUUGUCAAGGGGAUCACCGAAUGGCUACCAACAUGGAGGAGGAACGACUGGCGUACAUCCAAGGGUACCAAACCGGCAAAUCUGGAUCUAUUUCUCGCUCUCGAUGACGCCCUGGCGUCCCACGAAGCGAAGAAGGUGAAGAUUGGAUUCUGGCAUAUUCCUAGGGAAUACAAUCAACUCGCCGACCGUCUGGCAAAAGCAGCUGCUAUCGACGGCGACGUGGCUGGAAUGUAG